UCUUCUCAAAUAUCGACAUAUUGGUGCUACUAAUUUAAAUAAAACUUACUAUAAAUAGGUCAAACAUAACGAUUGUAUAAUAAAAGAGCGACUAUUAUUAAUAGAGAGGAAAAACUGAAUUAUUUAUAUAAAUGAAGAAAUAAAUAAAUAUUUAAAAAUAGAGUUAAUAACAGAGAUAAACGCUGUUGCGAGUCACGUUAAAGCGGCACGACUGUCGCGCUUUAUUAAAUAAAAUUUAUCACUUGGUUAAUUGCUGCCGAGGGCACUGAGAGAAUUUAUUUGUCCGUUAACAAAGUACAAUUGUGCAUAUUGAAGAUUACGUAAGUUGAUGUUUGUCCAUUAGUCCGCUUCCAUAGAGAUUUUAUUUUUUCUCGAUUCUUUGCGAAUUUGACGAAAUCGCGGGGCCAAACUAGAUUUCCGUAAAUAUUCUAAAUCGAGAUAGUGAGAUGUGGUAGCUAUGACGAGUACAGUAGGAUUUUUCUAUGUGUUUAGCCACAAAAAAAUUUAAAAAAGCCGCAACACUUCCGUGAUACGCACGCCCCUGGAGGGACAGCAUGGAACACACUGGUUAUCUUGGAAAUUCUCGUGUGGUACUCAACCAUUACGAUGUCUCCACUCAGGCCGACAUCCAGCAUGUGGCCCUCUCCUACGAGUCCGAGGACGAGAUCAUGGCCCGCAUGUACAACAAGGGCCGCCGCGGUACCGCCCACUACAGCAAGCAGGACAUUCGGGAGCAGUACUGCAUCUCGGACCGGGGCCUGGGCGCUCUGGAGUCCGACCGUCAGAGUCUUUUUGGCUGUUUGUCGUCGCAUCAAAGCUCACCUUGCUCAAACCGUGCUUCUUUCCUCACCGCCUGUGUUCGCCAGAAAGUACCAUCCGACGAGAACCUGUACGAGCUGUACCGGAAGCAUCCGGCGGAGUACGCGCCGUACCCUCGAAGGAGCAGAUACCCGUGGGGGCCCUUAGCCCCUGAAAUUUAUCGAUACGACGAAGACUUGAAGAGCUCAUAUUUCCGGAGAAAAGUUCACACCGAUCCCACUAGAUACACUUGGAUGCCUUCGGAUGACGAAUCGGUCCGGAUGGAGAAGCCCAGAUCGAUACUGGAGCCGUAUCAUGCGAAUCAGCAACCAUCGACGCCCAUCCCGAGCAAGAAGCACGUGAGCUUCGCUCGUUCGCACACCAUGGCGUCCUUCGACGACGCCAUGACGUCCUUGAGUUCCUCCUCGAGCCAGCUGAACCGAAUGACCCGCAGCCAGGAGCGCCUCCUCGACGUGCGGAAGUCCGAAGGACUCCCGAUAACGCGCCAGCCGGAGCCAUCCGAUAAUCUAUUAAUUAUAGAUAAAGUUAAGAGAGCUCCAAUGAAAACCCAAGCAACUCAAACAGAGGCUUGUUUAGGUAGGAAGCCUCUACCACCUGGCAACAUCAAUCUGAGUCCCAGAACCAUACACAGGGUUAAAAUGGUGUCCCAAGGCGCCCAAACCAACGGCAUCCUCGUCAACGGCCGCAAACUAAUCAAGUCUUUCUCAGAAGCAGGUACAAAAUUCGAGUACUCCCCUUUCGAGCCGAUCGGCGACCACGAGCCCCUCCAGCGCACCCAGUCCGACGAGCCGCCCCGCUCCCCCUUCAUCGUCACGUCCCCGCCGCACGUGCAGCUCCUCGAGCCCCCCAGCUCCUCCUCCUCCUUGUCCCGCUCCGACCACGAGUCCGAAGACUCGGAAUCAAAGAAAGAAAUCUUCAUAGACUUCAAACCCCAAGUGUCGUCGGUCCAGGGCAAGCUGGUGCGGCGGCCCCUGACCAAGACGGUCUCGGACGGCGAGAUGCUGAUCGAGCAGAGGAAGAUCCUGACGAUCGAGGACGUGCCCGUGGUUUUCGACAAGACGUUGACGAGUUUCAGUCACGAAAAUAUCAUCAUCACGGACGAGGAGCAGAGGGUCUUCACGCCGUAUUUCCAGAAGGCGCCGAUCAGGCAUGAGGGGAUUUGUAGGCCGCUGGAAGAUAGCGUGUAUUCGUCGUUAUCCUUUGAGGAUAAUAAUUUUCACACGCAGGAUUCGAUAGACGAGGAGUUUCACGAAAAUUUGAUUUAUAACAGGAUGUAUAUGCGGCAGGAGUCGAAUGAGAAUGAGCUGGUUCUGAGUUAUUCGCCCAACGACGAGUGCGUCGUGCCGUCGGUGUGUCUGCUCCCGGAUAGGAAAUUGUCGCCUUUCGCAUCCACGGACUCGCUGGCUAACGACAUGAGGGAUCACUCCGACGGCAUAUGGAACGAGUCGCAGGCCACCGUGCUGCAGGUGGACUCCGGCACGGACAACGGCACGGCCCUCAGCAGCUCGGAGAUGACGUCCGUGACGUCCCCCGGGUCCGCCAUCCUGCUGACGCCGUCGUCCCGCCGCAAGCACUUACUCAUGAUGCAGCACCAGCAGCGCUCGUCCAUGGACACCGAGGCCCUCGAGGAAGAGUUCGUCGAACAGGGUGAGACCUCUCCUCGCAUAGUCAUCGAGAAAGCGAGCAAAACCCUGGAACCUCCAAGUUCCACCAAGCAACAAUUCUUGACACCUCAGCGGACCAUUUCCCCCACUCCGACGUGGCGUCGGCGGACCCCCGAAACCCCGUCCGAGUCGCCCCUCCCCGCCAUCGUCCCCGACCUGCUCCUCGCACGUACAGAUUCUUGUAAAACCAACACUGACGUGUCCGAAAGCACGACGACCGACGACUACAUCACUGCCAAUUCGGGAACCGAUAGCUCUCGGAAAAGCGGAUCCAGCAAGGGUGUGGACUUUUACAACUUGCACGCUCACCUGCAGGACGGCAGCUCGUUCGAGAGCAGCAAGGGCGACAUUUUCGGCGACGACAUGGUGGUGCCUUCGUUCUCGCCCCCCCUCAUCCUCGAAGAAGCUCACAGUUUAUCAAACACCCCAGUGCCUGAGGUGCGUACUGGCCGCUCGACUCCGUCCGACACGAGCUCUUCGUGUGGAAGCUACAGCGUUGACGGAUCCUGCCCCGAUCUGCUCGAAAGAUCCAAAGUGCCUUCAGCUGCUACCAAGCCGGCGUCGGAAGACGAGAGGAGCACGCGAUGGAAGAACGAAGAGUUCAAUCGCGAACCCAGCAAACCCAGCAAACGCCGACCUUUCACUCUAGAUAUCAGCAAACACCAAGACACUUACACCCUAUCGCCCAACAGCAAGCACAAAACCCUCAAGAAGGAGGCGAAAUCGUCGCCGUCGAGCGACAAGCCGAAAAGGGCCAAAGCUAGAACCAGGAGUCCAAUGCAAGCGCACAAAAAACACUACCAAAUCAAGAAAUCGACCACCGUCUACGGCCCAAACCCGGAAGACCGGUACAAGAUCAACCUGGAGGAGAGCAAAGCGACGUCCGACGAGUCCAGUUGCGAUUUAGGGAGAAAGUACCCCAUCAACCAGACGUCUCCCCGCAAAGGAAAGAAGCUCAAAGACAACACUAGACGCAAGUCGCUGCCGCGGUCCCCCACUGGACAACGGUCCAAGAAGAACAACUUCGAGGAGAAACCGUCUAGUUUGCCCGGGAGUCUGUCGCGGCGGAAGUCCUCCAAGAACAAGAACUUGCAACCAGAGGACGCUAAAAGCACCUUGGCGCUGUACAGUCCUGCUAGCUCCCCAGGCAAGAAGCGCCACAGCCCCCAGCGCAGCCCCGAGACCGCCAAACUCAAGGCCCUCAGCGCCGAGUCGCUCCGUUCCGUGAGCCCGGGCAGCGACAGCGUGUUCUACAGCGACCCCAGCAGCCACACGGCCGACCACCAGGUGCACUGCCUGCACUGCGGUAAAGAGGUGGAUAUCGUGACGACCGACGACCCCGACAAGAGCAUCAGCAGUAACGGCACGCACCACGACAUCGUGGUGCAGCCGCCGGCGGGGUUCGAGGACUCGCCGAAGACCAAGCACACCACCACCAGGCUGUACAAGAAGCUGGACCGCCGCUUUCGCUCCGAGGAGCGGAGCCAGACGGACUAUAGACGGCACAGGUACAAGCCGGACGUGCGGGCGAAGUCGGAGGAACGGGGGGCGAAGACGUAUCGGGCCAAACUGAGGCCCAUGGCGAAGUCCACGGACAACAGCCAGGAAGUGCUAAAGGCCACGGAUUCGAGCCCCAGCGUGCUGCCGGGGGCGCCGGAGGACGAGGACGACCAGGGGAUUUAUGAUGUGCCUUACAUGGAGGGGUGCUGGAUGUACAUCGACGAGAGGGACGAGGUGCACACGUGGAACAAGGGGUGCACGCCCACAGAACCGGAGCCGGCUCGUCGAGAGUCUGUGUCCAGCACCGAAUCCGAGCAAGAAUUUCGGAAGCGUUACCAAGCCGUCACACAUCGAAUGGUCCAUCGAAAAUCUUGCCUCGAAAUGUAUAAGAGGCAAACAUCGAGGUCGUUUGAAUGCGACAAAACCGUGGUGGUCCACCGCGAAUCCGGCGAAUUCGGCUUCCGCAUCCACGGUUCCAAACCCGUCGUCGUUUCAGCAAUCGAGCCUGGAACACCAGCCGAGACUUCAGGCCUUGAAGUCGGCGACAUAGUUUUAGCAGUAAAUGGAGUCAGUGUAUUAGAUAAGAGCCAUUCUGAAGUCGUCAAGAUCGCACACGCAGGAAGCGACACAUUAUCAUUAGAGGUAGCUCGAACAUGCUACGCUCUUAACACCCCCGACGACGAGCAUUCCUCCAGCGCCCUCUACAGCGGUUACUUGUGGAAACUGAGCGGGUACGCGAGCGGCACCAUCACCAACAAGUGGAUCCGGCGCUGGUUUUGCCUCAAACAGAACAAUUGCCUUUACUACUAUAAGACUGAUUCGGAGAAACAACCAGUUGGAGUGGUGAUGCUGUUCGACCACGAGAUCAAGAAGCAGAGCGACGACGACGAGGGCUUGUCGAAGCCGCACAGAUUUGUGAUUUUCAAGCCCGAGGCGGUACCGCUGCACCUGGCGGCCGACAACGGUACGGCCCUCAGCCGGUGGGUGGAGGUGAUCGGGAGGGCGAUCAGCGACAGCCAAACCGUCGACGAGUUUCUGGAGAAGACCAAGAAGCACUUGGCUUCGACGCCUAGUAAUAUCCCCAAUCCGGACUGCUUCGGGUACUUGGUGAAGCUGGGUACUCAGUGGAAAUCGUGGAGUAAACGGUACUGCGUGCUGAAGGAUGCGUGUUUGUACUUUUAUCAAGACGCGGCGGCCAAGUGCGCGUUCGGUGUGGCGUACCUCCAGGGUUACAGAGUGCAACAGUCGAUCACCGGUAGCAAAAAACACGCCUUUGAAAUAAUCCCCCCCGAUCCGAGCAAAAAGCACUUCUAUUUCCACACGGAGUCGGAUGCGGAUAGAAAAAGGUGGAUCGCCGCGCUCGAAUAUUCCAUCGACAGGUGGCUCAAAAUCCAGUAACUCGAACCUGCAGAAACAUAUUCGGUGAAAUCGAUGUUUAAACCAAAAUAUCACUAAUGUAGAUGCAUGUUUUUAUUAUUAUUAUUAUUAUUAUUGAGGAAUAAUUUAUUGCUCAACUUCCUGUGUACAUUGAUUUGUAUUAUUGUUUAUAAUAAAACUGGUACUAUACAAUA